AUGCUUCGUUCAGCCCUAUUUUUCCUCCUCGCUCCGUUGGCGCUCAGCCACACCGUCUUCACCACCCUCUACGUGGACGAAGUCAGCCAGGGAGACGGCACCUGCGUCCGCCUGACCCACGAUGGCAACACCAUCAAUUACCCCAUCGAGCCUUUGUCCAGCAAGAACAUGGCCUGCGGCAAAGAUGGCGAAAAAGGCGUAGCACGCGUCUGCCCCGCAAAAGCCAACUCCCUUCUCACCUUCGAAUUCCGCGAAUACGCCGAUGGAAGCCAACCGGGCUCCAUCGACAUCGGCCAUAAGGGCCCCUGUGCCGUGUACAUGAAGAAAGUGGAGGACGCGACGGCCGACGACAAUGCCGCCGGCGACGGGUGGUUCAAGAUCUGGCACACGGGGUACGACGAGCAGGCAGAGAAAUGGUGCACGGAGAAACUGAUCGAUAACAACGGGUUCCUGUCUGUGCGGAUCCCCGAGGAUAUCGAGGAUGGGUAUUACCUGGUCCGCACGGAGUUAUUGGCGCUGCAUAUGGCGGCGUUUGCGGAUCCGCUUGAUCCUCAGUUUUACGUUAACUGUGCGCAGAUCUACGUGCAGGGUGGGGGCAGUGCGAGGCCGGAAACUGUUAGUAUUGGGGAGGGCACGUAUACGCUUGAUACGCCGGGCUUGAAGUAUAAUAUCUAUGCCAAGCCGUUGCAGUUGCCGUAUCCGAUCCCGGGGCCUCAUGUGUAUGAGAGUAAGGGGGUUGCGGGGCGGUCGGUGGAUUUGGAGAAGAGGGAUACGCAGAGCAAGGGUCUGAAGCCAGCUGGGUGUAUCUUGCAACGGGAUAACUGGUGUGGGUUUGAGGUGCCUGACUACAGUGAUGAGAAUGGGUGCUGGGCUUCGUCGAAGAAGUGCUGGGACCAGAGCAAGAUGUGCUAUGAUACUACGCCUCCUACCGGUUAUAAGACUUGCGAUAUCUGGGGGAAAAAGUGCAAUGGCAUCGACGACGCCUGCAACAGCGGUAACUUCAACGGCCCCCCGAACAAGGGCCAGGUUCUUACCCCAGAACCCAAGCCGCUCGGAGGAUCGCCCCAGAUAUUCAAGAGGAUGGAGAAGCCGUCCCGGAGGUGGAGUGCGUGA